AUGUUCCGUCAAGUCGGCUUUUUACAGAGCUUGUGGUAUCGAUCGAAUCAAAAACCUCAACAAAUUCACUAUCAGAAGGUGGUCGAUAAGGUACACCUGCAUGUUAGCUUUAUUCGUAGUUUGUCUCUACCAAUGAAGGUUGUUUUGACUUUUACAUGGCUUAUACUGUACUGUGUGCAACCAAAAACCGUCAAACGAUAUGGUGAUCCAGUGGUCAGAAGAAAGCCAAGAAUGCAAGAACCUCUCACGCGAAAUCACACAUCUGAUUCCACUAAUGAAGGAGAAAUUGAUCGAAAUCUUACGACGUUCUCUGACUUGGCAAGGAAAUAUACGGCGGCAAGAAAUUUGCUGAAGAAAUUUCUAGCAAAUUCCUCGGAUGCGUAUAUUGACAACAUAAUUGAAAACGAAGCGAAGACCUUAGGAGGUACUGCACAACCCGACGAUGAUAAGGAGCGAAAAAGCGUCACGUUAGAUGGUCGUCGUUCAAUUAAUACCCCAUGUUUCUCCAAGCACAUGUUAUACGUCCAAGAAAGCGAGCAGAAAGGCUGCCAAGGAGCAGUCAGGUUUGCUUCGAGAGUAUGUUCAGAGUUUCUCGAUUGUAUGGCACGCGUAGAAACAUCGUACUGGAUUUGUAAACCAAAGAUUUGCAAUAGAUUUAGAAAAAUGCCAGAACAUGAUUAUUGUCUCGACUUUCUGUUUAAGUGCAAUUGA